UGUAGGAAAGCUCUCUCAGACACUGGAAGGUGAAGAUCAAACUGAAUGUUUCUAAUCUAGAGGAUAUCAAUAAAAAACGAUUCGUAUUGCUCAUCUCUUCCUGCAGUUUUGAAAUCUAUCAGCGCUCACUGAUCUUAUUUGCGUUCCAAGGGGUAUUCACAAGACGCCUGUCACGUUUUUGGACUAAAGUAGCCUCAGGCUCCUAUUUGUAAUCUGUAACAGGUUUUAGACUCGGUACAAUCUAAACUUUGAUGCUGAAUCAUAAAUGUUUUGGCCAUGGAGAAAAAAACUGCCUUUGGAUUACAUCGACUUUGCGUUCUCUCGAUUUUGAUUCUGUCUGCUUUUCCCUAUUCCAAAGGAAGCUGGACGUGGCUGGGCAUUACAUCCUUAGGAAUCCCUGAAAAGAUGGGAUGUGCAAAUCUACCUCUGACAAAUAAACAGAAAGAUCUUUGCAAAAGAAAACCGUACCUUUUGCCCAGCAUCAAAGAGGGAGCUCGGCUGGGGAUACACGAGUGCCAGAGUCAGUUCAAAAACGAGCGGUGGAACUGCUCCACGACAUCAGAACGAUCGGUAUUUGGAUACGAGCUUACCAGCGGAACAAAGGAGUCUGCAUUUAUUUACGCAGUGACUGCAGCAGGCCUGGUGCAUGCGGUGACCCGCUCAUGCAGCGCAGGAAAUAUGACCGAGUGCUCGUGUGAUACCAGCCUGCAAGGAGGGGGCUCACCCAGUGAGGGCUGGCACUGGGGGGGCUGCUCCGAUCACAUCCAGUAUGGAAUGGGGUUUAGUAGGAAGUUUAUUGACAAUUCGGUGAAGAACAUCUCUGUCAAAGGGGGAGAUGCCCUUUUAACCAUGAAUCAACACAACAGCGAGGCUGGCAGGCAGGCCAUUGGGAAGAUGAUGUCUACUGACUGUCGCUGCCAUGGAGUGUCUGGGUCUUGUGCAGUGAAGACCUGUUGGAAAACCAUGUCCUCUUUUGAGAGGGUUGGUCGUUUCCUGAAGGACAGAUAUGAAAACAGCAUUCAGGUCCUUGACAGGUCAAAAAAGAAGAUGCGGAGGAAAGAGAAGGACCACCGCAGAAUACCCGUCAGCAAGGAAGAGCUGAUCUAUGUGAACAAGUCCCCGAACUACUGUCUUGAAGACAAGAAACUAGGGAUUGCUGGGACUCGUGGCAGAGAGUGUAACCGCACCUCCACUGGGCCAGGUGGGUGUAACCUGCUGUGCUGUGGCCAGGGCUAUAAUACUCACGUGGUCAGACACGUGGAGAGGUGUGAGUGCAAAUUUGUGUGGUGUUGCUAUGUGCGCUGCAGACGGUGCGAAAGCAUAACUGACAUGCACACCUGCAAAUAGCAGCCUGACACCCAGGCACAGUUAUUACACUAUGUAACACAAUUUUUGUUCCUGGGUAGUAAGAGUUAUUUCCUAAUUGCUUAUGCCUCAAAAGUAUAGAAAAUGGCUAUUAUUCCCCACAAACUUUGCUUUUGUGACCAGGACAGUGAUAUUUUGAAAUUUACCUAUUUCCAAUGAGAAAACGAGCAAAUUUGUGUCUUUUCGUUCACAUAAAGUCAGAAAAAAACAACAUAUGAAUCCAAAUUAACAUGUAUUUAUACUAAAGUAAUACAAAAAUGACUACAAAAGAUUUAGAAGUGAGUAGUUUUUCGAGAUUUACGAUUAUACUGUAAAUCACUUUCACGAAUCAGCCCCCAAAUGUAGUCUCCCAUCAUUAUACUGUCCUUGGUAGCGGCGUUCAAAGUUCAGUAUAUCCUGGUGGAAGCGGUCGCCUUGCUCCUCCGAGUACGCUCCCAUGUUCUCCUUGAAUUUAUCAAGAUGAGCAUCAAGGAUAUGGACUAUGAGGGACAUCCUACAGCCCAUUGUGCCGUAGUUCUUCACCAGAGUCUCAACCAGCUCCACAUAGUUUUCGGCCUUGUGAUUGCCCAGGAAGCCCCGAACCACUGCGACAAAGCUGUUCCAAGCCGCUUUCUCCUUACUAGUGAGCUUCUUGGGGAAUUCAUUGCACUCCAGGAUCUUCUUUAUCUGUGGUCUGACGAAGACAUCGGCUUUGACCUUUGCCUCAGACAGCUUAGGGAAGAAGUCUUGAAGGUACUUGAAGGCUGCCGACUCCUUACCUAGAGCUCUGACAAAUUGUUUCAUAAGGCCCAAUUUGAUGUGCAGUGGUGGCAUCAGCACCUUCCGGGGGUCCACCAGUGGCUCCCACUUGACGUUGUUCCUCCCCACAGAGAACUCGGUCCGCUGUGGCCAGUCCUGCCUGUGGUAGUGCGCCUUGGUGUCCCUGCUGUCCCAAAGGCAAAGAUAGCAGGGAAACUUGGUAAAAACACCUUGGAGACCCAUCAGGAAUGCCACCAUUUUGAAGUCUCCUAUGACCUUGAUGCCAUCUCAUAAAAAUGCAGAUAUGUAUCCACUUAGGCAGCUGGAACUAAACUGAACUGGUGGGCUUAAGGUCCCUGUAUUUAUACUACUAUUUAUAUUACUGGAAAGUUCUAGGAAGUUCUAGAAGUUACUCCAAGUUUACUCAGCACUGAAUCUAUCUGGAAUGUUCUGGAAAAUAGGUAAAUUUCAAAAUGUCACUGUCCUGGUCACAAAAGCAAAGUUUGUGGGGAAUAAUAGCCAUUUUCUAUACUUUUGAGGCAUAAGCAAUUAGGAAAUAACACUUACUACCCAGGAACCAACAAAAAAAAAAAAAUUGUUACACAGUGUUAUCUAUUAGAAAAGAACCAAACAUGAGAACAGAAUAAAAAGGGUAAAAAGAAGGUCAUGAGGCUUUCUGAUGUAAACUCAGGAAAAUUAGCAACUGUUUGCAAAAGAUGCAGAGAGGCAUAAAACAAGGAAACAGUCCUAAAUAAAACAGCACUAUGGUCUGGAGAGUUAACACUCCACCACAAGCACAAGAGGUAUCCAAAGCAAAGAACGGUUACAUAAAACAACCCGCAAGGAAUCAAGACUGAGUUUGUUGAAAACAAAAUGGCUGACUACAUAUGCCUCCUGCAAACAUCACCCCAGCCUCCAAAAUACUUACACCAAUAUAAAAAAAGUAAUUUCAACAUGCAUUGAGUAUUAUUAUUCAGUUACACAGAGGGGAUGCAAAGGGAAUGUGGACCCACAGCCGAGCAAAGAGAUACAAAGAAAAGUUUUUGUAAAAGAAAACCAACCAUUGGGCAAAAGCAAGAAUAUCCAAAUAGAAAGAAGACCAAUGUAGUUUGUUUAAAAGAGUAUGAAAAUCCAUAUUACAAUACUUCACUAUAUUAUAAAAAAUGUCUUAAUUAUAUUUAAAAAGUAUUUGUUUUUAAUUGUCACUCAGAGUAUAUAUUUUAAAAAUGAUAUAAAUAGAAUGUAUUGCCAUAAGAAAUGUAGUUAGAUGUUCAGUAUUAAAAGAAAACGAAUGCCAAUUUAUACAAGACUUUCAGAAAAUUCAAACUGCAUGAUAAUAGAAUUAAAUAGCCAAACAGACACAAUUUAUGAUAGGGAUUUUUUAAAGAUAAUACAAUAAAUUACAUUGUCACACCCUGAUAAAACAUGUAUAUGGAACAAGGAAAAUGUAAUUUUUAACCGUAAAUGGUUACAUUUUUACAUAACGAGACAGGUUUUGUUUAAAUAAUAAACAUUUUAACUUCUGUCUGGAACUAUUCAGAAAGAAGGUUCAUCAGGGUUUGACUUUAUUGCUUCAAAAAACAUAAAUAAGAAUGGUUCUAUAUGUAAAAAUUGAAGUAGUAUUUUAUAAGUACACAUUGUUUAUAUUUUGUAAAUAUUUAAAUUAUGCAACAUUUGUAAAAAGGUUUGCAGUUGUUAUGGGCAUUGUGUACAAUUUAAAUCCCGGGGAGUAUCCCGUUUCUGUUUUUCUGUAUCGUUUCUAUUACAGAGCUCUCAGUUCUUUUUUUAAAUACUGAAUGACAGUGGAACUGUCUUUCUUUACACAGUGUAUGUAUGUGAGAAUUGUUUCUUUUAUUUGAUUUGUUUAUAAUUGUGUUUUUUUUCGUGAUUGUACAAACCUUUUUUUCAGAAGUGAAAAAAAAACCUUCAAGCAGUCUAUGCCAUGGGGACAAAAAAAAAUAGAUAUUUUAUAGUAUAACUAACCUUUAAAAGUAUGUUUGUUUAAAAAAAAAAAAAAAUUAAAACAGAAGCACUUCCUUA